GCAUCUAAUCAAAACCCAAUAUCUCUCUCUCUCUCUCUUUUUACUCCAAUGCAAGUUCAUAGCAUGGAUGGCAUGGUUCCUUUCGGACAACAAGCGCACGCCCUUCCCCUUCCUACACCUCCGCAGAAAUAGCUGCCUCUUACCAGAUCUCUUUCAUUACAUCCAAUCCAACGGCCCUGAUCUCUCCACGUAGAGGGACCUAAUCCACCUUUUCUUUAUUUCCUCCUCCUCCACCUGCUCCGUCCUCUACUCCACUUUUCUUCUUACACAGAGAAGAGAAAGAAUCUAGACAACGUCGCCGUUUUGUUGCUAAAUUGGUCUUUUUUCGCUGAAAGAAGUUAAACGGAUCAAACACUGUUUUGACUGACCGGCAAAGCUUCUGUUUCUUCGCCGUCUUACGCCGCAGAUCUAGAGUAUUUCUACUUUGGAGUUGAACAUUUAAAGUGACUAUACUGUUAGAUCAGUUUAAAAAAAAUAAAAAAGGAGGUGAUUUUGGUUGAAAUCAAACGUUCGAGAUGGCACCGAGCACGAUUCGAAAGGCGAUUGGGGCUGUUAAAGACCAAACGAGCAUCGGAAUAGCGAAGGUAGCAAGCAACAUGGCGCCGGACCUCGAGGUAGCAAUCGUGAAAGCGACGAGCCACGACGAUGACCCUGCUGACCAGAAAUACAUUCGAGAAAUCCUGAAUUUGACCUCCUACUCGAGAGGGUAUGUUCACGCGUGCGUGUCGGCGGUGUCGAAACGGCUAGGGAAGACACGUGACUGGAUCGUGGCACUCAAAGCAUUGAUGCUUGUUCACAGGCUGAUGAAUGAUGGAGAUCCGGUGUUUCAAGAAGAGAUCUUGUAUGCUACGAGGAGAGGUACGAGGUUGUUGAAUAUGUCGGAUUUUAGAGAUGAGGCUCACUCAAGUUCUUGGGAUCACUCGGCUUUUGUAAGAACUUAUGCUAUGUAUUUGGAUCAAAGACUUGAAUUGACGCUUUUCGAUAGGAAAAGUGGUGGCGGCAGUGGCGCUGGGGGGAGUAGUCAUGGAAAUGGUGAUGAUAGAUACGGUGGAAGAGACAAUUUCCGGUCACCGCCACCAAGGCCAUACGAGUAUGAUUAUGGGGAUUCCAGGGGUGAUAAUGGAUAUGGAAACUACGGGAUGACUAGGAGAACGAGGUCCUAUGGUGAUAUGAGUGAGGCAAUGGGGAGAGAUGGAAGAGAGGAGAAGAAAGCAGUGACCCCAUUGAGGGAAAUGAAGCCCGAGAGAAUUUUUGGGAAGAUGGAUCACCUGCAGAGGUUGUUAGAUCGUUUCUUGUCUUGUAGGCCUACAGGAUUGGCGAAGAAUAGUAGGAUGAUCUUGAUUGCAUUGUAUCCUGUUGUGAAAGAGAGUUUUCAGUUAUAUGCUGAUAUUUGUGAGGUUUUGGCUGUCUUGCUUGAUCGGUUUUUUGAUAUGGAGUACCCGGAUUGUGUUAAGGCAUUUGAUGCAUAUGCAAGUGCAGCAAAGCAGAUUGAUGAGUUGAUUGCAUUUUAUAAGUGGUGUAAGGAGAUGGGUGUGGCUAGAUCAUCAGAGUAUCCUGAGGUGCAGAGGAUUACGGGUAAGUUGUUGGAGACAUUGGAGGAGUUUGUGAGGGAUAGAGCUAAGAGGCCAAAGAGCCCAGAGAGGAAGGAGCUUCCUCCUCCACCUAAAGAGGAAGAGCCUGAACCAGAUAUGAAUGAAAUAAAGGCGCUACCUCCUCCAGAGAAUUACACGCCCCCACCACCACCAGAGCCUGAGCCUGUUAAACCCCCAGAACCACAAGAGGAUUUAGUGAAUUUGAGGGAUGAUGCUAUCACAGCUGAUGACCAGGGAAACAAAUUGGCUUUGGCUUUAUUUAAUGGUCCUCCAGCUAAUAAUGGUAAUGGAUCAUGGGAAGCUUUUCCUUCAAAUGGGCAGCCUGAGGUGACGUCUGCUUGGCAAACCCCAGCUGCUGAGCCGGGGAAGGCAGAUUGGGAAUUGGCUUUGGUUGAGUCAGCUAGUAAUUUGUCAAGGCAAAAGGCAGCUUUGGGUGGUGGGCUCGAUCCAUUAUUGUUGAAUGGCAUGUACGAUCAAGGAAUGGUAAGGCAGCAUGUUAGCACUGCCCGGUUGAGUGGGGGGAGUGCCAGUAGCGUGGCAUUGCCAGGGCCAGGGAAAACUCCAGUUUUAGCUCUUCCUGCACCAGAUGGAACAGUUCAAAAUGUCAAUCAGGACCCAUUUGCUGCAUCUUUGAGCAUUGCUCCUCCUUCGUAUGUACAAAUGGCUGACAUGGAGAAGAAACAACAUUUGCUUGUCCAGGAACAGCAAGUAUGGCAGCAAUAUGCAAGGGAUGGGAUGCAAGGCCAAGCUAGUUUGGCAAAGAUUAGCAAUCCUGGAUACUAUGGACCUGGACCUAUGCCAAUCAUGCCUUACGGAAUGCCACCAGUCAAUGGAAUGGGGCCACCAGCCGGGUAUUACUACACUCCUUACUGAUUUUCCUUCAAAUAAAAGACGACUUUUGUUUGCCUAUCUGUUGUAUUUUCUUUUCUUGUUUUCUUUCCCUUUUUUCUUUUCGUUUCUAUUGAGAUUAUAUGAUGUUGUUCCUGCAAUUUGUGCACCAAAGUGGGGAGGAGAGGGGAGAGAGAAGACUUGAGCUCAAAUGCUUUCUAAUACUGAUUGUGGGGAUUUUUUAUGCUGGGAGAUUCAUGAUCUGAUUGUGAUGUCUCUUUGUGCUUUGUAAUAUUAGAAUUUUGUUGGCAUUCUUAUGUUUAUCGUGUGAUCCUUUCCUUAAAGACUAUUAAAAUGACUGUAGUUGUUGCAAUUAGUCGGGGUUGAUUUUCCAAAAAAUUUUAUUCUCUCGUCACCAUUUGCAGAUUAUUAUGUCAACUUUUAACAUCUCACGCUGCUUAGGUCUGCCAGUGAUUUCAAUUUAGUUGGUGAAGUGACAAAAAAGUUAGGUUUAGGCAUUUAAGCUUCUCAAUCAAAAUGCCUGAUUUGUUUAUCUUGGCAGCUAUUUGAGAUCACUGCUCAUAUUUGUGGAAUCUAUAUUCAUAUUUGAAGAGGGGUUUUCCUUAAAAUUAGUAUGCUGUAAUACUGCUCGGUUUUGAUGUUUCUUCUAAUUUCAUUUACAUGACAAGCUAUGCUGGUGGAAUUCAUUAUGUUAGGUUGACUGAUGAGAUAGCUGACCAUAUCGGUUGCUUUGAGUUCAAUGCUCCUAUUUUCUAAUUCAGAUGGAUGCUCUAUUUAAUAAGUAUUGUUUAAACUUAGGCGACAUAAACAUCCAGAUUGAUUGAAUAGAAAUUGGGAUUGACAUAAAAUUUAUACAUGGAGGAUAGAUCUGGUAAUUGACGGUAGAAAUUGAGUCUGAUAUUUUCUAUUAGUAACCUGGUGAAAAACCUAGAAAAUUGUCGUCAUAACAAUAAUUGAGUUGAUAUUUAGAGUAUAAUUGAGGUAGGUUUAAUCAAAAAUAAAGAAAAA